AAAAACUUUCCAACCAAAUUAGGCCCAAAGAAAAGCACAACGCUUGACAUGACUUGACUUGCUCAGCUUGUCUAGAAACUGGUAACUCUUCACAACCACAUUAAUUCCCUAUGAUUUUUUCUGUAAUUCGUAUCAUCACCCAACCUCAAAAAUCUAGCAACCGAAUUAGAUCCAGAAACAGUUUCCACAAUCCAUUUUUCUUCUAGUCCAAUAUCCUUCUCUUGGAUUUUCUCUCUACUUCAAGUCUCUUGAUUCCUUUCUCAAACAUAUUGACCAUGGCUUUCGUUGCAGAGGCUGCUCUCUCUGCUUCCUUUGACUUGUUGUUGGCCAAGAUUUCCUCUUCCGACUUCAACUUUGUCACUGAGAAGCGGGUUCGCGAGGAGAUUGAGAACUGGAAAAAGACAUUGGAGAUCAUCCACGCAGUCCUUGCUGAUGCAGAGGAGAAGAAAAUGAAGAACAAGGCUGUGAAGAUUUGGCUGGCUGACCUCCAAGACUUGGCUUAUGACGUCGAUGACAUCUUGGACGAGUUUGCCACUGAAGCUUUGGGGCGUAAGUUGAUGAAAGCACAUCAGGCCAGCACUAGUAAGGCACAAAAAUUCCUUACUAGUUUAAAUCCACGUUCCAUCAUGUUUAACACUAAGAUGAUGUCCAAGAUCAAAGAGAUUACAGGAAGGUUGGAAGAUUUAGCAACAAGAAAGAUUAACCUGCAACUAGAGAAAUAUGUUGGAAGGCCCAUGACAAUACCAAAAAGCAAGCCAAGCACUUCUCUGGUGAAUGAAGCUACUGUACAAGGCAGAGACAAAGACAAGAAGGUAAUAAUUGAUCUGCUUUUGAGGAAGGAUGGCAAUGAUGCUGGAGUUUCUCUGAUUCCCAUCACCGGCAUGGGAGGGAUAGGCAAGACAACCCUUGCUCAGCUUGUCUACAAUGACAGUAGCAUAGUAGAUUAUUUUGAUCUCAAAGCAUGGGUAUGUGUUUCUAAUGAAUUUGAUGUUAUUAAGAUAACGAAAACAAUUCUAGAAUCGGUCACUUCCCAGUCUUGUGAUGUACAUGACUUGAAUUUACUUCAAGUCAAACUAAAGGAAAAGCUAUCGAGCAAGAAAUUCUUGCUUGUUUUGGAUGAUGUUUGGAAUGAGAACUUCAAUGAUUGGAUGAAGCUUCGAUCUCCUUUUGAUGCCGGGAUUACUGGAAGCAAAAUAAUCGUAACAACACGUAGUUCUAAUGUUUCAUCAAUUUUGAGAAGUGUUUCAGAUUCAGAUUACCCUUUGCAAAUUUUAUCAAAUGAUGAUUCUCUUUUUAUGCUUGCUCAUUAUACAUUAGAGAGAGAUGAUUUUAUUGAGCAUCCAGACUUGAAAGAGAUCGGCUUGGAGAUUGUGAAGAAGUGUGGUGGCUUGCCUUUGGCAAUUAAAACUAUCGGAGGACUAUUGCGCACCAAGGUGAAUCAUGAUGCAUGGAAAGAUAUAUUAGAGAGUGAUAUUUGGAAUCUACCUGAAGAGAAAAGUGACUUAACUCCAGCUCUAUGGUUGAGUUACUAUUAUCUUCCUUCACAAUUAAAGCAGUGUUUUGCUUAUUGCUCUUUAAUCCCUAAAGAUUAUGAAUUUAAGGAGGAGGAAAUAGUCUUUUUAUGGAUGGCAGAAGGUUUUCUAAAUGAAUCAAACAUUAAAAGGAAAAUGGAAGAUUUGGGUAGCAAGUAUUUUGAAGAAUUGGUAUCAAGGUCAUUUUUUCAAGCAUCUAGUGAGAAUGAAUCUCAAUUUGUGAUGCAUGAUCUGAUUAAUGAUCUAGCUCAGUUCGUUGCAGGAGAAGUAUAUUUUAAAAGGGAAAGGCAUGAUGAUAUGAAAGGUCCAAUUAAUCGUACUCGCCACUCCUCUUAUAUCAUUAAUCAUUUGGACGGAAUCAACAAGUUUGAAACCUUUUUUGAAGCGAAGUCUCUACGAAGCUACCUACCUUUUGAGAUGAUGCAACAUUCGGAAUGUUUCUUAAGCAAUAACAUUCUCAAUGAUUUACUGGCAUUGAAAUGCUUAAGGGUGCUCUCUUUGAAAAGGUACUACAUCAUAGAAAUUCCUUCUUCUAUUGGAAAUUUAAAGCAUUUGCGCUAUCUAAAUUUCUCUUAUACCAAAAUAAAAAGUCUCCCUGAUUCAAUAUGUAGUCUUUAUAAUUUGGAGACUCUUUUGUUAAGGUAUUGUGAGAAUUUUGAAAAACUACCCCUAAAAAUAGGAAUUUUAGACAACCUAUGUCAUCUUGAUAUAACUGGUGCAAAUUCAAUAGGGGAAAUGCCAAGUGGAAUUGGCAAAUUAACAAAUCUUCAAGUGUUGUCUAAUUUUAUUGUGGGUCAAGGUGAUGGAUUGAAUAUAAGAGAGAUGCAGAAUUUGUUAAAUCUCAAAGGUCAGCUUUGUAUUUCUGAAUUGCAUAAUGUGGAUGAAGCUCAACAUGCAUGGGAAGCUAAGCUAUCUAGUAAGUGUGACCUUGAUAACUUAGAGUUGAAGUGGAGUGCAGAUUUCAAUGAAAAUCUUAGAAAGAAAGAAGUUGAGAAAGAAGUGUUGAACUCGCUUCAACCUCAUAAAGAUAUUAAAGAGCUUGCCAUCAAGUAUUAUGGUGGAACAGAGUUCUCGGAUUGGGUGGAAGAUGAUUCAUUCAAAAAUUUGCUAGUUUUAAGACUUGAAUAUUGUGAAAAUUGCACAUUCUUACCAGGAGUUGGAAAAUUACCACUUUUAAAACAUCUCUAUGUCAAGGGGAUGAGAAGUGUGAUUAGUGUUGGCAAUGAGUUCUAUGGAGUGAAUGGGCCAAAUGUAUUUCCAUUAUUAGAGACCUUGCACUUUGAAGAUAUGCCAAAAUGGAAAGAAUGGAAACUUUAUGAAGUUGAUGAACAAGAUAAGAAAUUUUGUUGCCUUCAAAAACUCUUUAUUGAGAAUUGUCCAAAAUUAGAAAGAACUUUGCCUGAUCAGCUUCAUUCUUUGGAGAAACUUGUAAUUCGUGAGUGCGAAGAAUUGGUAGUUUCAAUUUCGAAUCUUCCAAUGCUAUGUCAAGUUGAAAUUGAUGGAUGCAAAGAAGUAGUGCUUGGGAGAUAUGAUGAUCUAUGGUCUGUUAAAACAAUCAGUCUUUCAAACAUUUCAAAGUUUGCAUGUGUAACAAAAGAAAUGAAGAUGGUAGAGUCGAUGAAAGUAGAAGUUCUCAAAAUUAAAGGUUGUGAGGAGCUGACGUCUUUGUGGCAAACAAAGUGGGGGUGGUUGGCGCCUUUGAGAUCUCUUCGUACUUUAAAGUUUAAAAAUUGUCCGCAAGUCGUGUGUAUAGGAGGAGGGUUAAAGGAGGAGGCAAAAGAAGAGCUUGUGCAAUUAGAAAUACCGUGCAACAUUGAAUUUGUGAGAUUAGCAUAUUGUGAAGGGUUAGAGAGAUUAUCGAAGACCUUUCACAACCUUACAUGUCUUACACGGUUAAGGAUUGAAAAGUGCCCGAAAUUGGUUUCACUUUCAACGGACAACUUGCCUCCAACUCUUAGGACUUUGGAGAUUUGGAGUUGUGAGAAUUUGGAAUGUUUACUGGAUGACAAGGAGAAUAUCAAUUUCAGUAGCACAUCUCUUCUUCAAUCUCUUGAUAUUUGGCAUUGUGAAGCUCUGAAAUCAUUAUCAUGGAGUGGUAAGUUACCCGUGCAGCUUAAGAAGUUGCUUAUUUUAAUGUGUCCAGAGCUUGAAUGUUUAGCACGGGAAAUUGGGGAUAAUACUUGUCUUGAAUCUGUUAACCUCUGGAGUUGUAGAAAUAUUAAAUAUUUACCCCAAGGACUGGACAAGCUCAGCCGUCUUCAACAGAUUUCUUUAAGGGGUUGUCUAAAUCUUCUCCGUCUCCCAGAAGCUCUGCCCAACCUCCACCAUCUUCAACGUUUGACUAUAGGGGGAUGUCCAAGGGUGCAAAAUUCCAUCGGAGAAAGGGGUUUCCCUGCCAACCUAACCACCCUUGAAAUCAAUGACCCCAAUAUUAGUAAGGUAGUAAUGGAGUGGGGAUUGCAUAGACUCACCUCUCUGGCAGAUCUCCACAUUGAUGGUAGUAAUUGUGCCGAUGCGGUGUCGUUUCCUCAGGAGGAGAUAGGAAUGAAGCUGCCCCCUUCUCUCACCCAUCUUACUAUCCAAAAUUUCAAAAAUCUAAGAAAGCUAUCCUCCAACGGCUUUCAAAACCUCACCUCUCUUCAACUUUUGUGGAUCAUCAAUUGCCCAAAGCUCAAAUCCAUUCCCCGAAAGGAAUUGCUUCCCUCGCUUUCGCAACUAUGGAUUAGGGAUUGUCCGGUGCUAAAGAAAAGGUGCAAAAGGGACAAAGGAAAACAAUGGUCCAACAUCGCCCACAUACCUGAAGUGAGAAUUGAUUGCAGAUUCAUCUACGAAUGAUCAAGAGGAAGAAUCAGAGCAUGUCAACUUAGGUUUGGUAGACAUUAAGAAGAAGCUUCUUAGCAUUAGAGUAUGAGCAGUCUUGAAAUCCAUCUCUUUUCCUCUUAAUAAAUGGGGUUGCAGCUUUCACUUCACUCUGCACAUCCUUCAAGCUACUACAGGAUGAACAAAACUCAUGAUUUUGUAUCUCAUACCAAUGCCCUUAGAAUCAAUGAUACAAAGUUUUUCAGGCAGCAUGUAGUCUUUCUGCUGCCUGGUGGAAAAGAUGUGAAUUGAAGACUUAUGAUCCAUUGUUGCCAAGAAGAUAGUCAGCUACCAUUCAUAGAUGACAUUCCAUGGGUGGCAAUGAACGUUUGGAUGCUAUCUUUUCCACAAGAGAGAAAUAAAGCUUCCCACCUUCAUUCACCUUGCGAUGAGAGAAAUAAUGUUUGGAGUAGUUCUUACAAAAAGGCUUUCAAAAGAUCUGCAUAUAGAGGAAUUUGAGUGUGAAUUACCUAAGAAAGAAUGAAAUUCAAACCUUUGGAUGUAAUUCAUUGACAACAAUUAAUACCAAUGGUAAGUUUUCAAAGGUCAAUUUUUGAAUGCAUCCUUAACAGAAUAAAGCCUUCCUCGUAAUUAUCAUGAAUGUUAUUUUCACAAUUCUCUGUUUCUUUAUCUUAAGUUCUAAGCUUAGAUACUUUGAUUACCAACUUUUAAAUAAUUUAGUGGAGCGAAGAAGAUGAUCCAAAUGCAUUGUGAAAUUGGAAGCCAGGUAACUAUAUACUAAUUCUCAUGUUUUACAAAAUAUCAAGUAAAAUAGAAGCAUCAUAAUAAUGGUCUUGUAUUCAAUAUUGAAAUUCUAAAAUUCAACAUUUCAUUGAACUAAACACUAAGGUAGUCAUGCUAUGGUUUUUGAUAAAUCAGGAGUAUUGUGGCAAACUUGGUAUAUAUUAAGAAUAAGAUUUUUAGCAUUAGAGAAUCAGCAAGCCUGAAAUCCAUCUCUUUUCUUCUUAAUGCAAAGGCUGGUGCUUUGACUCGACUCUACACUUCCUUCCAAGUACUAUAGGAAGUAUUUGUUUCUGUCAUCAUUCAUUGGAUGUGAGCAGAAGCAGUAUAAUGACAGUAGCCACUCCACGAGAUGUUCUACCAAUUAAUGUUUGAUGUUUGUAGUUCCUUGCUUGCUUAUGCCAUGGAUGAACAAAACUCAUGAUUUUGUAUCUCAUUCUAAUGCCCUCAAAAUCAAAGUCGGAAAGGUUUCCAGGCAGCAUGUGAGUGUAUGUUUGGGCACUAGUGGAUUUCUAGAUCUUUUCUUCCAAAAAACUCAUCUUAUAGAGCACCCUUAAACCAUGGGCAGUGAUGUUGAUUCAAGAAUGUCUAAUUCCAAAGACUUGAUAGUUAGAGAGCUGCAUGGUGUAAAGUAAUAACCGACUGCCAAAAGUGACUUGAUGGAGAAUUGUGUGGCUAAGGGAAAAAUGGAUGAGAAAGUGACCACCUUAAUUUAAAUGAACAAUGAGGCGUAGUUAUGGUGUUUUAACGACUUGAUGUGCCUCCAGUCUCCACAGACAGUUCAUACCUGGUGAGAUUGUUUCUUCUUAGCAUGUUUUAUAAGGUGAUUAUUGAUGCUAGAAAUUUAGCUUUUUAUUGACAACUUCACGUCAUAUUGUUUACUUGUACUAGAGAAGACUUUUGUAAUCCUAUUAUUUUGAGUAGUGGAAGAAUUUGAACGGACUAUGGUCCCGUGGUUUUUCCCCUUACCAAGGGGUUUUCCACGUAAAAUCUGGUGUCUCGCUUUUAUGGGCCGUUGUUAUUUAAUUUUUUUACAUUGAUAGCUAAUUAUGAAUUACUACUUUAAUUAUCAUACAAUGUAUUUGACUUUUAUAAAGAGGGAUAAAAAUUUGGA